AGAACCUUGGUGCUCAUAAAAAAUUAACAAACAUUGCUAGUUCGAUAGUUGAAAAGCUUUCAGGCUGUCCAUUGACAGCAAAGGUCAUUGGUGGUGUUCUCAAUUCUAACUUGAAUGAGAGCUUUUGGAUGAAAAUUUUAGAAAGUAAUGUUCUAACUGUAGAAUCAGAACCGAGUCGCAAUAACAUUUUGCCUAUCUUCAUAUUGAGCUUUACAUUCCUCCCACAACCUCUACAAAAUUGUUUUACAUUUUGUGGCAUAUUCCCAGAAGAUCAUUGGUUUCAUAAAGAUGAUUUAGUCCGAAUGUGGAUUGCACUGGGUUUCAUUCAGGAAUCUUCUAUUGAAGGAGAGACUUUGGAAGAUAUUGGAGGAAGGCAUUUUGAUGUUUUGGUCAGAAAGUCUUUCUUUGAUGAGUUUCAGGGUUAUACGGGAAUAUACUAUAAGAUGCAUGAUUUAUUACAUGAUUUGGCACAGUCAAUUUCUUCAGAGGAAUGUUUCGGAUUUGUGGGAGAAGAUGGUUUAUCUUUUAAAGUUCCUAAAAAUGUUCGGCACUUAUUUGUUAAAACUGGAAAUCCAGAAGUGGUGAGAAUGAUCAAAGAUGUUAAAAAUCUACAUUCGCUUUUUUUGAGAGUCCAUGAUCUGGAUUUUAUUAAUAUACUUACUGAAAUUUUUGAAGUAUUGAGAAGGAUUCGUUUGUUGUUCAUAUACUCUCCAUAUGCCACGAUCCCUACGCAGUCUUUAUCAUUUGAAAAUUUGAGACAUCUUCGAUAUUUGAAUCUUACUGCACAUCUCACUCAUAUGCCACGGUCUCUAAGCAGUCUUUAUCAUUUGCGGUUCAUAAUCUAUAACCAGUUAUUUUGGGGAUCUUGGUCUGAAAAUUUCUUACCAUACGAUGUGGGCAAUCUUUCUAACCUGCGUCACUUGGAAUUGCACCAUAAAGUAUUUUCUAGUGUACCUGGAAUUGGGAAAUUAAGAUCACUUCAAGAACUACAUGAGUUUAAUGUUAAGAAUGAGAAUGGUUAUAGAAUUGGGGAGUUGGAACAUAUGAGCGAGUUGCGCAAAUUAAAAAUACAUUUUCUGGAAAAUGUGAAGGAUGCUAAAGAGGCUCGCAAAGCAAAAUUAUUUGAGAAGAGGAAACUCACAGAUUUAUACUUGAAUUGGGGCAAUACCGUUGAUGAACGGAAUGAGGAAUUUGGAAGCCUACGGAAGACUGUCAAUUCAGACUUAGAUGUGAAUGUGCUUGAAAAUCUUAAACCAUACAAAAAUCUAAUGAGAUUGUCCAUAGUUUCAUACAAGGGUGUAAGCUCUGCAAAAUGGAUGUACAAUGCAGAUUUGAUCUCCAAUUUGGAGUACAUCAGUCUGAACGGUUGCUCGGAGUGGGAAACUCUUCCACCUCUUGGGCAGCUUCCCCACCUCAAGUCACUGUACCUUUAUAACAUGCCACAGGCAAAGCGGCUUGAUCAUAAAUUCCAUGGG